AUGGUCACCCGUCCGCAGGUCGACACGAGCAACAUGAGCGCUUCGCAGAAAAAGAACUUGAAGAAGAAGAUCCGCAAGCAGGAGCAGCGCCAGCAGGACGCGGCCGUACUCGCGGCGGUGCGUCCCGAGUCGGCGAAGUCUGGCGCCGGGAUGGCGUCGUACUACGCGGAGCAGGAAGCGGGGCUCCGCCGGCGCCUGGAGGGCAUCAAGCGCGUGCUGAGCCAGUUCCAGCAGGGCAGGAGCCGGUCUUCUGCCGGGGGGGCAGCGCCGAAUGCGAAGAAGAUUGCGCAGGAUAUCGACAGCAUCCUGCGUGACAUGGACGCGACGGUCCAAAAGGAGGAGUCUGUGCUUCAGAAGCCGCUCAGCAAGCGGCUGACGGUCCAGCAGCUGCAGCAGCAAGUGCGCGACGUGGAGACGCAAGUGCAGAAGCAGCAGAGAGAGCUGCAGCGCCAGACGAACCAAGGCGGCGCGGAGUGCGCCGAAGUCCGAGGAUGCCUGGAGGAGAGUCUGCGCUACGUCAUGCAUUUGCGCGAACAACUCGUCCUCACUCAGCAGCAGAGCGAGUUCCGGGCCUUCCGCGAGCGCGUCGCCGCCCUCAAGGCCGAGGGCGAGGCGCUCGUCAAGGGCCUCCACGCCGGCGGCGGCAACUCGCCCGGCGGCAGCGGAGAGGCCGCCUCGGCUCCCUCGAGCGCGAAGGAGGCUCAGUGGCGCAGGCGCCUGGGGGACUUGGCCCGUGGCGGCUCCGCCGGCGGCCGGCGCGAAAAGCGCGGGCCGAACGGCAAGGAGACUGAGGGCGACGGCGAGGCGAACGGCGCGCCUGCUGCGCCUCUGGUCAUUCAGUCCGUCCAUCUCGGCCUCGAUGCCUUGGGCCUCCUGUUCCCUGGCGGACAGAACCCAGUGAUGGUGAGGAAGUUCGAGCGGUCAUGCGGCGUCGUCAUUGAGAAGCAGUCUGGCGGCCGCGUCCUGACGGUCAUUGGGCUCCAGGCCCCCGGCGUCGAGCGCUGCGUCGCCUUGCUCAAGUCCCUCGACGAGGGCAUGCAGCCGGACAAGCGCGAGAAGCACCGGGUUGUCGUAACCGGCCGCACCGUCGGCAGCGUGAUUGGCGCGGGAGGCGCCAACCUCCGCCGCGUCGAAGAGGAAAACGACGUCGUCGUUUGGGCUGAAGGCAACGAAAUGAUCGUCAUGGGUGUGACCCCCGCGAAGAUCGCCGAUGGCAUUCGCCAACUCAAGGAGAUGAUGGCGGCUCCCGUGCCGGCUGCGGGCAGCGGCGGCAAUGGCACGUCCAUGGUUCUCUCCUUCACGGUGCCUGUCGCACGCGCGCUGGGUGGUCCCGGCUUCCGCCCCUUCAUCCACAAGCUCGAGGGCGAGUAUGAGUGCUCAGUUCGCGCGCCCAAGGGCGGCACGGAGGGCGUCGUUCUCGUCCUGAACGCGGGCGCCGAGAACCUGGCCGCUGCGGCGAAGGCCAUCAAGGAAGAAGCUGAGAAGCUCGUCGUCAAGACGAUCCGCGCUGACAAUGACAAGGUUCUUAAGCUUCUCAAAGGCAGCGCUCCGGGUUUCAGCGCCAGCGCACGCGAAAAGGAUUACGUGACGUACCUGCGCGGCGACAACGAGCUCACGGUCGUGGCGCCGUCGGGUGCGAUCGAGGAGGCCGUCAAGGCGGCCGAGGAGGGUCUGCUGCAGCUGGAUCGCGUGACAGAGCAGCUGACCGUUCCGCGCAGCCAGCUGCGAGUGAUCACGCGCGCCAAGCGCGCCCAGAUUGAGGAAAGCACCGGGGUCGUGUUCCGCCCGCCGCGCAACGGCGCUCAGGGAGGAGCGGAUGCUGUGUUUGCCUUCUCGGGCACGAAGGAGCAAGUCGAGGCCGCGCGCACGAUGCUCGAAACCGUCUUGCGGGAGGAGGGCUACAACGAGUCCAUGUCCGUCAGCAAGGAGAUGACGGCGGCGCUGCUGGCGGACCGCGGCCAGGGCGUGCGCGACCUGGAGGAGCAGUUCAGCGUCUCCAUUUCCAUCGAGCGGCAGAACCGUUGCCUGGUCGUUCGCGGCAACGAGGCUGCGGUGCAGACCUGCCUCGCGGCGCUGCGCGAGCGCCAGGCGCGCGAGUUCGACGAGGACAAGGACGACUUGGUCGUCGAGCGCGUCCCCGUUCGGAAGGACCAGAUCUCGGCGAUCAUCGGGCGCCAAGGCGCGCGCAUUCGCAAGAUUCAGGCGGACAGCGGCGUGGAGUCGAUUCGCAUCGACGACGCGGACGGCGUGGCCGCGGUCCGCGGCAGCGCCGAGGCCGUCGCGAAGGCCGUGAAGCUCAUCGAGGAGGCGCUGAAGGAGGUUCCAGCCGCGGCGGGCGGCGCGCCUCACGGGGGCCAGGACGACGGCGAAGAGGAGCGCGCUGGUGAAGGCGAACACCACGCGCCGGCGCGGGCUGGUCGCGGCCGCCGCGGAGGCCACCGCGGAGGCGCCGCGAUCCAUGGCGUCAAGAGGGCGCCCCAGAAGCCCCUCGACGUCGAUGCCUCGGACGAAACGGCGUUCCCCUCCUUGGACGCCGCUGCGGUCAACGGCAGCAAGGGCCGCGCGGGAGGCCGCUGGAAGCGCGGCGCCCGCCGAGCUGAGGAAGUGAAUGCGCACGUGAUGAACGGCGUGACUGAGCAGAACGGCUCGAUGAAGGACGAGGUUGACGGAGUGGCGUCCCCUGGCGAGGACGCCACGAUCGGCAGCGAGGUCGGGUGCAACUGA